AUCAAGGUACUGAGAAACAUGAAGGAGCAGGUACUUCUGGGAUUACUGAUCAGGAAAAGGAAUUGUCAAGCAGUGCAUUGCAAGCUUUUCUGGCUGGAAACUAUGAUGCUUGUUUACAACACCUAAAUACCCUUCAAGAGAUAAACAAAGAUGACUACAAAAUAACUUUGAAUACUGCUGUUGCGGAGUUCUGUAAAAGUAACCAGACUACAACAGACAAUUUGAGACAAACCCUUAACCAGCUGAAGAACCAGGUUCACUCUGCUGUUGAAGAAAUGGAUGGUUUAGAUGAUGUUGAAAAUAGCAUGCUGUACUACAAUCAAGCUGUUAUUUUAUAUCAUCUACGUCAGUAUACUGAAGCUAUAUCUGUUGGGGAGAAGUUGUACCAGUUUAUAGAGCCUUUCGAAGAGAAGUUUGCCCAGGCUGUGUGCUUCUUGCUUGUAGACUUAUACCUGCUAACUUACCAAGCUGAGAAAGCCCUGCAUCUGCUUGCUGUUCUGGAAAAAAUGAUUUCACAGGGCAACAGUAACAGCAAGAAUGGAAAAAAUGAGUCAGGCAAUAAUACAAAUAAAGAUUCGUCAAAUCAAAAAGCUGAAAGUGGAGCUUUAAUAGAAGUUGCUAAAUCUAAGAUACAUCAGUAUAAGGUGAGAGCUUAUAUCCAGAUGAAGUCACUAAAAGCAUGCAAAAGGGAAAUCAAGUCUGUUAUGAAUACAGCUGGGAAUUCAGCUCCUUCUCUCUUUCUUAAAAGCAAUUUUGAAUAUUUGAGGGGCAAUUAUCGUAAAGCGGUGAAACUUUUAAACAGUGCAAACAUUGCUGAACAUCCAGGCUUCAUGAAAACAGGUGAAUGCUUAAGGUGUAUGUUCUGGAACAAUCUUGGCUGCAUCCACUUUGCAAUGGGAAAGCACAAUUUAGGAAUUUUUUACUUUAAGAAAGCCUUGCAAGAAAAUGAUAAUGCGUGUGCACAGCUAGGAACAAGCAGCUCAGAUCCAGGUAAAAAAUUUUCAGGGAGACCCAUGUGUACGCUGCUGACUAACAAACGGUAUGAGUUGCUCUACAACUGUGGAAUUCAGCUCUUGCAUAUUGGGAGGCCCUUAGCUGCCUUUGAAUGCCUGAUUGAGGCAGUCCAGGUUUAUCACUCAAACCCUCGUCUUUGGCUGAGAAUAGCAGAAUGCUGCAUUGCUGCCAAUAAAGGGACAUCAGAACAAGAGACUAAAGGUCUUCCCAGCAAAAAGGGAAUUGUGCAAUCUAUAGUGGGUCAAGGGUACCAUCGUAAGAUAGUCCUAGCAUCCCAGUCAAUACAGAAUGUUGUUUAUAAUGAUGGGCAGUCCUCAGCAAUACCUGUAGCCAGUAUGGAAUUUGCAGCGAUUUGUCUAAGAAAUGCCUUGCUGCUACUGCCAGAAGACCAGCAGGAGCCAAAGCAGGAAAAUGGAUCUAAAACUAGUAGUCAGCUGGGGGGAAAUACAGAAAACAGUGAAAGCAGUGAAGCAUGCAGCAAUAAAAGUCAUGAAGGGGAUAAAUUCAUUGCAGCUCCACCUUCUUCGCCUUUGAAGAAACAGGAAUUAGAAAAUUUAAGGUGCUCAAUACUUGCAUGUAGUGCUUACGUAGCUCUGGCUUUGGGUGAUAACCUUAUGGCAUUGAACCAUGCAGAUAAACUUCUUCAGCAACCAAAGCUGUCAGGGUCUCUUAAGUUUCUUGGGCAUUUGUAUGCAGCAGAAGCUCUCAUCUCUCUAGACAGAAUAUCUGAUGCCAUCACUCACUUGAACCCCGAGAACGUCACUGAUGUUUCCCUCGGGAUCUCUUCAAAUGAGCAGGAUCAAGGGUCUGACAAAGGAGAGAAUGAGGCAAUGGAAUCUUCUGGCAAGCAGACCCCGCAGUGUUAUCCUAGUUCAGUCACAUCUGCACGAACAAUGAUGUUGUUUAACCUUGGAAGUGCUUACUGCUUGAGGAGUGAAUAUGACAAAGCUCGAAAGUGUCUUCAUCAGGCUGCUUCACUGAUCCACCCCAAAGAGAUCCCUCCAGAGGCUAUUCUGCUGGCUGUAUAUCUUGAAUUACAGAAUGGUAACACACAGCUGGCACUGCAGAUCAUCAAGAGGAACCAGCUUCUCCCUUCUGUGAAAACACUCUCUGACAUGCGGAAGAAGCCUAUUUUUCAGCCAGUCCACUCAAUCCAGCCCAUUCAGAUGCCAGCUUUCACCACUGUUCAAAGGAAGUGAGGUCGUGCUUCAACCUGCUGCUACCCUGCCCAGGAGGGCUUGGGAUUUUGUAUAUUUUUUUUUAACCUAGGAUACCUGCAUACCCCAAUUGCUGGAGUGUGUUCAUUUAUGUAAAUUUUUAAUAAAAUAU